UAGACCUCGGGGAGAGUAGCUCUCAGUUGAUCUCCGAUCUAAGGUAGAGAUGUGGUCUUCUCUGCUCACUACCCUCUUGGUAAUUCUGCUGGCAUGUGUAUUUGGCCAGCAUCCGGAUAUAGUCAAAUCUUGCACGAGAUACAAGAAGACCGUGUUUGAUGAAACAGUCCACUAUGGAUUACUCCUACCCGGAGCCGCGACUCUUAGCCGGGUCAUCGACAAUUGUCGUAGUUAUUCGCCUCUUAUUGUGGGCGGUCAUCCGGCUCAGGCCCGGGAAUUUCCGCACAUGGCUCGCUUGGGACGACGCCAAGAUCUGGGCAUUGACUGGUUCUGCGGCGGUGUUUUAAUCAGUGAAAGCUUCGUCCUUACAGCUGCCCACUGUCUGGAAUCGGAGAAAGGAGAGGUGAAUGUGGUGCGUCUAGGCGAAUUAGACUUUGAUUCGUACUUAGACGACGCUGCUCCCCAGGACUAUAAUGUGUCUGGGUACAUUACCCAUCCGAAUUAUGAGGAUCCAGAGUUUUACCACGACAUAGGAAUGAUCAAACUGAAUGAGAAUGUGAUCUUUGAUAUUUAUAAGCACCCAGCGUGUCUGCCAUUUCAGGAUGAUCAGUCCAAAGACACUUUUAUUGCCGUUGGAUGGGGAAGCACGGAUCUGGCUGGGAAACCCUCAGCCAAAUUGCUGAAAGUGAAGCUAGAUCGCUACGCAGAGAAGGUUUGCAUGAGACUCUUAGCCCGGCAAGUGGAGGAGUAUCCAAGAGGAUUUGAUGCGCGAAACCAACUCUGUGUGGGUUCCGAUAUGGCCCGAGAUACGUGCAACGGCGAUUCGGGAGGGCCUCUGCUGAUAUACCAUCUUGAAUAUCCUUGCAUGUACCAUGUCAUGGGAAUCACAUCGGCGGGUCUGACCUGCGGCACUCCCGGAAUCCCUGGAAUAUACACUCGCGUUUAUCCCUACUUGGACUGGAUAACCCGAACAAUGGCCAAGUUUUAAGAGUUUUAAUAAAACA